AUGUUCAGCUCGUCGGUCGUCGCCCAAUCGAACACCGCCGCCGUCAGCCAGCCGUCCAUGAACGGAGCGCUCAGCGUGAGCGUCGCCACGAACAACAACAACAACAACCACACCGGAAGCCUCGGACAGAGCGCCCAGCAGACGUCGAGUGUCGUCGCCAGCCUCACGAUGGACAGCGCGAUGGGACAGAUGACUCCAAUGGCCCCGUUGGCCCUUUCGCAGAGCAUGGACUCCGUCAACACGGCCAGCAACGAAGAAGAGGUGCGCACACUGUUCGUCAGCGGGCUGCCGAUGGACGCGAAGCCACGGGAGCUGUAUCUACUGUUCAGAGCCUACGAGGGCUACGAAGGAUCACUGCUCAAGGUUACGAGCAAAAAUGGCAAAACGGCGUCGCCGGUUGGAUUCGUUACGUUUAACACCCGAGCCGGAGCGGAGGCUGCUAAGCAGGACCUACAGCAAGGUGUACGCUUCGAUCCCGAUAUGCCCCAAACCAUACGCUUGGAAUUCGCCAAGAGUAACACUAAAGUCAGCAAACCAAAACCACAACCUAAUACAGCGGCCACAGCUGCACAUCCUGCAUUGAUGCACCCACUUACUGCUGGACACUUAGGUACUCCGUUUUUUCCGGGUGCCCCGGAACUGUGGCACCACCCGUUAGCGUUCUCGGCGGCGGCCGCUGAGCUGCCGAGUGCCGCCGCACUGCAGCAUGCGACCCUCGUGCAUCCGGCCCUGCACCCGCAGGUGCCGGUCCGGUCCUACCUCUGA